CCCCGGAGUAUUUCAUUCUCAUUGUCCACAUAGCUUUUAUGCUAGUCAGAAACUAGCGCUCAACAAAGACUUUCAAUGUUUUAUACGCGCGUCUGAACUCGUUAAAAUUUUAACCGGACGUUCGGAAAUUUGACGACUCCGCCAUGAGCAAGAGAAAAGCACCACAAGAAUCUUUAAACGAGGGAAUAACAGACUUUCUUGUCGAGCUGGCCAACUACGAGAAGAACGUUAACAGGGCAAUUCACAAGUACAAUGCUUACAGGAAAGCAGCCUCAACAAUUGCCAAAUACCCGCAAAAAAUUAGGAAUGGCGAAGAAGCCAAGAAACUGGAAGGCGUUGGCGCUAAAAUAGCUGAAAAGAUUGACGAGUACUUGCAGACAGGAACCCUACGGAAACUGGAAAAGAUUCGAAAUGACGACACCAGCUCUUCUAUCAAUUUUCUUACAAGAGUAACUGGAAUUGGCCCGGCUGCCGCACGGAAGUUUUUCGAAGAAGGCGUGAAGACUCUUGAAGAUUUGAAAAAGAUAGAAAGCAAGCUUAACCAUCAUCAACAGAUUGGCCUCAAGUACUUUGAGGACUUUGAGAAAAGGAUUCCACGAGCUGAAAUGGAAAAGAUGGAGACACUUAUCCUUGGGGAGUUGACAAAGAUUGACACUGACUAUAUCGGAACGAUCUGCGGAAGUUACAGGCGAGGCGCGGCAUCAAGCGGGGAUAUUGAUAUUUUGCUGACCCACCCGGACUUCACCUCUCAGACUGAGAAGCAACCAAAGCUCCUCCACGCUGUGGUGGAACAUUUGGAGUCGAUUGGCUUUGUGACCGACACUCUCUCUAAAGGCGACUCCAAGUUCAUGGGAGUUUGUCAGCUGCAACAAGGAGAUGAAGAUGAAGAAGAAUACCUCCACAGGCGCAUUGAUAUCAGGUUGAUCCCCAAGGACCAAUACUACUGUGGCGUUCUCUAUUUCACUGGGAGUGACAUCUUCAAUAAAAACAUGAGAACUCACGCUUUGGAGAAGGGCUUCACGCUCAAUGAGUACACCAUACGACCACUUGGGGUCACUGGUGUAGCAGGGGAGCCUCUGCUGGUCGAUAGUGAAAAGGAUAUCUUUGAUUACAUCCAGUACAAAUACAAGGAGCCGAAGGAUCGCAGUGAAUAAAGACAAAGACGACUUUUAAGUAUUGAAAAUGUGGCUUUGGGGACACAUCAACCAGCAUGCAGAAGUGCAGUUUAUUUCGUGGUGUCCUCUCGACAAAGAUCAACUCCUCCAAUCCGAAUCACAUUUUCUGUGUAUUGGCAAUCCACUCUCUGUCAUCAGGUGUAUCUGGAUUAGCACAUGCAAUGGAGCUUUAGAUUUGUAUUUAAUAGAACAUGCCAGUGCAGUUCUUAUGUGUGUGUGUGGGGGGGGGGGGCAUUAUGAUGAAAUGAUGAAAAUAUGAAGACAAGCAUUUGUUUAUGGCUGCUGUACUAGUGGUCGCAUUUACAUUAUUUUAUUUUCAGGGCAGUUAUAAAUAUCGGUAACUACUGUAGUUCACUGUUAGUGAAAUGCGGCAGUAUCAUUUUCUUCUGAGCAACAAUUGUAAAUUCAGGACAGUCUUGAAUGGCUAAAAAAAUAAAGACUUUUAAAAAAUAAUGUCCAUGGCUGUACUUACAAUAGUAUAUCUACAUACUCCUAUAUAUGAGAAUAUGUAAUGUAAAUUCCCCAUACAAUGGCUAUAAAGUCUACACACCCCUGUUCAAAUGUAAGGAGUUUUAAGGAUGUUUAGGAUGUAAGGAUGUUUUUGUGAAUUUAAAAACAACAGAUCAUUUCAAAACUUUUUUUCCACCUUUAAUGUGACCUAUUACCUGUACAACGCCAUUGGAAAGUAAAAUGUAAAACUAAACGGAGAAUGUACCGGUAGUUGCACAAAUGUGCGUGAUCACAUUUAAACUCAUGUUCGGGGGUCUCGAACGUCGGUCCUUGAGGGGCUGCAUUCUUAAAUGUUUUUAAUCUCUCCUUGCUGCAACACACCUGAUUCAAAUGAUCACCUCAUCAACAAGCCCUGCAGGAGCCUGUUAAUGAUCCUGAUCAUUUGAAUCAGGUGUGUUGCAGCAGGGAGAGAUGGAAAACAUAAGGGAAAGUGGCCCUCUCGGACUGGAGUUUGAGACCCAAACGCCAUGUUAUCGGGAGGGAACACAGCUACCACCAUUUAAAAUGCCUUUGAUUAGCCCCAACUAAAAUUCAGUUGUUCUAAGUUGGUGUCAUGGGACAAAAAUACAUUUUCUUACGUGCAUUCGGGAGAUUUCAAGUAUGUUUUUGCAAAAUGGAGCCGGGCUUCGUUUUUUUUUUCUUUGUACAAUUUAAUAAUAACUUUACAUCGUAGCACAGACAUAUCAAUAAGAUCAUGUGUACUUUAACAGUGAGACCAGCAUUAGCUAUAAAUGUCCUUCAAUGUUGCUGUUGGCCUCUUGGACUACAAAAAAGUCAGGAAAGGCCUACUAGAACACAUUGGGGUUGAAUGUGAUUGAUAAAUUCACCCUGUGCGAAUUCAGUACAAUAUAUCCGAUUUUUCCUUUUUUUCCCCCUUUUUUAGAUUGGUGAAGCUUUGUAUUUUUGAAGAUUUUUCUCUAUUUUUUUUCCAAGUGAAUACAAAAGGAUUUCGUGUUAAAUCAAGUUAAUUUAUGCCACAAAACCUGGCGUUUGAACAGAAGGGUGGAGUCUUUUUAUAUCCACUGUUGCUCCACUUACAUUCCCUACGGAGUAGGACUAGAUAAGUUCUUUACUUCUUCCUACUUCCUUGAACAUAAUAAUUGUGUUGAAUGAUGACUAAUUUCUCUUUCCUUUUACUAUUGUACUUACCUUACUUUCUGUCAAUUUAUUACUGUAUAUGUUUUAUGUUCAAUAAACAAACAAACUAUGGA